AUGCCGGACAGGAGGGGCGCGACCGUGCUGGAAGACCUGCCCGCCGAAAUCACCGUCGACAAGAUACUCGCCCGACUGCCGCCCAAGGACGUGGGCCGCUGCCGGGCCGUGCGCAGGUCAUGGCGCAGCGCCACCUCCACGCCCGAGUUCACGCUCGAGCACCACCGCCGCCAGCCGUCGCUCCCCAUCGUCGACGGCCGCCCCUCCCGCUUCGUCGUGCUCCGCGACGGAGCCGCCUCCGACGAGCAGCUCUGGCCCUUUCUCCCGCACGCCACAGACAACGACCGCAUCUGCCUCCACGCCGCCAGCGGCGGGCUCCUCGUCUUCUCCCAGGGAUGCCGGUUCCACAUCAGCAACCCGGCCACCCGCCGGCGGGCUCCUCUGCCGCAGCCCCCAAAUUCUCCUCCGCGCUACGGCAUACUCGGCCUCUACCGGCAUGAUUCAACCGGGGAGUACAGGGUGCUCUGGUCCUCGUGUAUGAAGCUGCAGGACAGGAACGCGAUAACGUUGCACGUCCUCACAGUGGGAGACAACGAGUCGAGAGCCAUCAGGGUCACACUGCCGACGCCACGCCUAGAACAGGCACUGCUCGAGGGACUGCCCCGGAACAACCACUAUUCUGAAGUUCAUCCGCCGGUCCGCCAACGCGACAAUCUGCAUUGGUUACGGAGAUGUUGCGCCGCCGGCAUGGGGGAGAUCAUUGUGUUCGACACGGAAGCCGAGUCGUUCCGGUGGAUGCACCUUCCCAUCCAGCCAGGCCAUUUCGACAAGCUGUUCGACAUGGAGGGAAAUCUUGCAUUGUGUAGUGUCGACCGCCACGGCACUGCUAUGGGUGUUUGGGUGAUGCAGGACUACGAGGCGGAAAAUUGGACGUUCAAGUUCCGGAUUGACGUGUCGGUGAUCGAGUCAUCACGGCCACUUGAUUUAACUCCUGAUCUGAAGAAGGAAAAGGGAAAGAUAAAGAAACACCCACUUGAUUCGACGAUGGUGGAAUAUGUCAGCGCGAUGACUAUGCUCGACGAGCGUGAGUUGCUGAUUCAGUUCAAUGCUAAACACGUGCUGCAUUGCGACACUAAUGGAAAGUUCUUAAGGAUGGCGAAGAUUGGGAAGCGACAGUGUCGUAUGGAGCUUACUCCCCAUCGCCUUCAAGAGAGCAUUAUUCCCAUUCCGGGAGGUGAGAUGGAAAAAGAAGAUGAGCCUGCACCUUGGGAGUAUGCAUGGAUGUUCAGCUCUUGA